AUGGCGUCUUCUUCAUCCCAACAAGAAAUUGUAGAAUACGAUUCUUUUGAGGGAAUUGCACCUGCACACCAAAUAAGUAGAACGCCCACAUCUGCAAGAUUGUUUGAUGUGUUCAUCAACCAUCGAGGCCUAGAUGUGAAGGAUACUCUGGCUCUUCAACUUCACAAAUCGCUUACAGAUUUGGGGCUGAAGACAUUUCUUGAUUCCGAAGAGAUGGAAUUGGGUGAAGCAUUUCCUUCUACCAUUCAUGACGCCAUCUGCUCUUCUUUAGUUCAUAUUGCCAUAUUCUCUAAAAGAUAUGCCGAGUCUGCCUGGUGUUUAGCUGAGCUUGAUCUCAUGGUACACACUAAAUGUAAGAUCAUUCCUAUAUUUUAUGAUGUGUCCCCUUUACACUUGCGCUAUAUUGAAACAGGAGGGUAUGCAGAUUCGUUUGCCAAACAUAAAAACAAGGGUAGGUACCUCAACAAGCUUGAGCAGUGGAAAAAAUCCCUUCACACUGUUUCUUUUAUCUUUGGCUACGAAAUAAACAAGGAUAAUCAGUAA